UAUACUAAAACUGGAGGCUCUAAUGGUGCAACUAUGAGAUUUCCACCUGAAUUAACAGAUUCUGCAAACACUGGUUUAAAUACUGCAAGAGACCUUUUAGAACCCGUUAAAUCGAAAUUUCCUUGGAUUUCUUAUGCAGAUUUAUGGAUAUUGGCAGGUUUAGUCGCAAUAGAAGAGAUGGAUGGUCCAAAAAUUCCUUUUAAACCUGGCAGAACUGACUGUGGUCCGAAUGAUUUAGCUUUAAUACCUCCAAAUGGCAGAUUACCACUAGGGUUUAAAGAUUCACAGCACAUCAGAGAAAUAUUUUCAAGAUUAGAAAUGAAUGAUCAAGAGAUUGUUGCUUUAUUAGGUGCUCAUGGUUUAGGCAGAACUCAUGCCAAAUAUUCUGGUUGGGAUGGGAAAUGGACUUCAAAUCCUAUCAAAUUUGAUAAUGAGUUUUAUAAAAUUUUGUUGAAUGAUAAUUGGGUUUUUGGAAAAGUUGAGUCGACUGGUAAAAAGCAAUAUUUCAAUGAAAAGAACCCAGAAUUGAUGAUGUUGCCAACGGAUUUAGAGCUUGUUAAAGAUUCAAGCUUUAAAAAAUGGGUUGAAGUUUAUGCUAAUGAUCAAGAUAAGUUUUUUGAAGAUUUUUCAAAUGCAUUUUUCAAGUUAACUGAGUUAGGAGUUGAAAGGAAUGAGUGCGGUUUUGCUCCCAAAAUUAGAUAAUUGAUAUUUAUUUAUUCCAGGGUUUUAAUCAGAGUUUUAGGUAAUAAAUUUUUUUUUUAUAUAUUUAGUUUUUAUAGUUUUGGUAUAUGAUUUUGACUUUUUGUGUUAAUAAUUAAUGGUUUGGGAGAAAUUUUUAUAUAUUACAUUAACUACAUAAAUAAAAGGUGGGACUUAAAAAAAAGGUGAAAUUUAUAAAAAAAUCAAUAAAAUAUAUUCUUU